AUGGCUUCGCGAGGCCUUCUGCGGACGACCGCUUUGCGGUCCGCCUCCCAGAAUCUUCGUCAGGCCCCCCUCGCCGCCCCUUCGUUGGGUCUCCGAUACAGCUCCAGCAGCAGCUCGACAUCAGCCAUCGCCUACAAAGCCCUUCGUCGGCGCCAGACUCCCCUUCCCGUUGCCGACACUACCCCUUCUUGGUCAGCACAGGCGGCCGUGUCGAAUAUUCUCUACGAGACUCCCACCACCCCUCAGGCUCCUCCCACCCGCCAUGUGCUCAAUUGCCUCGUCCAGAAUGAGCCCGGUGUCCUCUCUCGGGUGUCUGGCAUCCUUGCCGCUCGUGGCUUCAACAUUGACUCCUUGGUCGUCUGCAGCACAGAGGUCGAGGACCUGUCGCGCAUGACCAUCGUCCUCACCGGCCAAGACGGCGUGGUCGAGCAGGCCCGGAGGCAGUUGGAGGACCUGGUGCCCGUAUGGGCCGUCCUCGACUACAGCAAUGCUGCCCUGGUUCAGAGAGAGCUUCUCUUGGCCAAGAUCAACAUUCUCGGCCCGGAGUAUUUCGAGGAGCUACUCGCCCACCACCGGGAGAUCACUGCCGCUGACGCGGACGUUGAGGAGGGUCACGAGGUCCAGGAUCAGACUCUGGAGGAGACUUCACAAGACUUCCAUCCCAGCCGACUCGCAGCUAGCGAGGCUCUCCGUCACAAGCAUGAGCACCUCAAGAGCAUCACCUACUUCACGCACCAGUUUGGCGGCAAGGUACUGGAUAUCAGCACCAACAGCUGCAUUGUCGAAGUGUCUGCGAAGCCGUCCCGGAUCAACUCCUUCCUCAAACUCAUCGGCCCCUUCGGCAUCCUCGAAUCGGCACGGACUGGCUUGAUGGCGCUGCCGCGGUCGCCUCUGUAUGGCCCCGAUGACGAUGUGCACGUCAAGGAGGCCGACGACGUCGUCGAUGCAAGCCAGCUUCCUCCCGGAUAA